GUCUUUCCCAGGGAGGUCAUGAACUACACAGCUGAAAACGUCUGUAAGUGGGCCUUAGAAAACCGGGAGAUGCUCUUUCGAUGGCUGCAGCCACAUGGAGGCAAGAGUCUCCUGCUGAAUAAUGAACUGAAGAAAGGACCAGCACUUUUUUUGUUUAUACCUUUUAAUCCCUUAGCCAAAAGUCAUCCUUUAAUCGAUGAGAUCACCGAAGUAGCCUUGGAAUACAACAACUGUCACGGGGACCAGGUAGUGGAGCGCCUCCUUCAGCACCUGCGACGGGUAGAUGCACCGGUGUUUGAGUCCCUGGCACCGGAGUCGCCACUGAUCAUGGCAUCCUCCUGCUGCAAUACUGUGGUGCUGCCCCAGUGGCACUCCCUCUCCAGGACCCACAACAUCUGUGAACUAUGCGUCAACCAGACCACUGGGGGCAUCAAGCCCAGCUCGGUCAGUGUGCCACAGUGCAGCUUUUUUGAGAUGGCAGCAGCUCUGGAUUCUUUCUACCUCAAGGAGCAGACCUUUUAUCAUGUGGCGUCAGACAGGAUACAGUGCAGCAAUUUUUUAACUUCCUACAGCCCUUUCAGCUACUACACUGCAUGUUGCAGGACCAUAAACAGGGGCGCAGCGGGCUUCGAACAAGAUGUCUUUGAAAGCCCGACCAUCACAUUUCCUUCCCUCGAGGAGAAGUGUGAGGUUGAUAUGCCAAGCUCCAUUCCUCAUGUUGAGGAGAACAGGUAUCUCUUUGCUGAAGUGGACAUGACUAGCACAGACUUCACAGGCCUGAGCUGCAGAACCAACAAGACCCUGAAUAUCUACCUUUUGGAUUCAAAUUUGUUUUGGUUAUAUGCAGAGAGACUGGGUGCACCAAGCUCCACUCGGGUGAAGGAAUUUGCCACGAUUGUUGAUGUGAAAGAAGAGUCUCAUUAUAUCUUGGAUCCAAAACAAGCUCUUAUGAAGUUCACCCUAGGUACUGUAGGCAGUUGA